UUCCUGUUGAGUUUUCCUGUCGAGAGAAACGGGAACUCCUCCCGAAGGCCGCCGCUGCACAGGCGCAAAGGAAGAGGAUUUAUUCGCCUUUUGGUAUUAAAACUACAGUCCUGAGAGCCGGAGGGUCCGCGUCGAGUCCCCGGGGGAGACUUUCUGCUGUGUGUUCGCGGGAAAUGGACGUUUAAUCCGGACUGAAGCGCUUUAUCCUGGAAAAAAAACAUUAAGGAAUCAUGACGACGACGGUGUCUCUGGAGGACGCUCUGUCCAACGUGGACCUGCUGGAGGAGCUUCCACUUCCUGACCAGCAGCCCUGCAUCGAGCCCCUGCCCUCGUCCAUCCUGUACCAGCCGAACUUCAACACCAACUUUGAGGAUCGAAAUGCGUUUGUGACCGGCAUCGCCCGCUACAUCGAGCAGGCCACCGUCCACUCCAGCAUGAACGAGAUGUUGGAGGAGGGUCAGGAGUACGCAGUUAUGCUGUACACGUGGAGAAGCUGCUCUCGCGCCAUCCCUCAGGUGAAGUGUAACGAGCAGCCCAACAGAGUGGAGAUCUACGAGAAGACCGUAGAGGUGCUGGAGCCCGAGGUCACCAAGCUCAUGAACUUCAUGUACUUCCAGCGCACCGCGAUCGAUCGUUUCUGCGGCGAAGUGCGUCGCCUGUGUCACGCCGAGCGCAGGAAGGACUUCGUGUCCGAGGCGUACCUGCUCACGCUGGGGAAGUUCAUCAACAUGUUCGCCGUCCUGGACGAGCUGAAGAACAUGAAGUGCAGCGUCAAGAACGACCACUCGGCCUACAAACGGGCGGCGCAGUUCCUGAGGAAAAUGUCCGAGCCAUCGUCUAUCCAGGAGUCUCAGAACUUGUCCAUGUUUCUGGCCAACCACAACAAGAUCACACAGUCCCUCCAGCAGCAGUUAGAGGUGAUUCACGGCUAUGAGGAGCUCCUGGCUGACAUCGUCAACCUCUGCGUGGAUUACUACGAGAACAAGAUGUACCUCACGCCCGAGGAGAAGCACAUGCUGCUCAAAGUCAUGGGCUUCGGGUUGUAUCUGAUGGACGGAAACAGCAGCAACAUCUACAAACUAGACGCCAAGAAGAGGAUCAACCUGACCAAAAUCGACAAGUUCUUUAAGCAGUUACAGGUGGUCCCUCUGUUCGGGGACAUGCAGAUCGAGCUGUGCCGCUACAUCAAGACCAGCGCUCACUUCGAAGAAAACAAGUCCAGGUGGUCCUGUACGUCAGCAGGCAGCAGUCCUCAGUAUAAUAUCUGUGAGCAGAUGAUUCAGAUACGUGAGGAUCACAUGCGCUUCAUCUCAGAGUUAGCUCGCUACAGCAACAACGAGGUCGUGACAGGAUCCGGACGCCAGGAAGCUCAGAAGACAGACUCCGAGUACAGGAAGUUGUGUGACCUCGCCUUGCAGGGUCUUCAGCUGCUCUCUCAGUGGAGUGCUCAAGUCAUGGAAGUGUAUUCCUGGAAGCUGGUUCAUCCGACUGAUAAAUAUUCCAACAAGGAAUGUCCGGACAACGCGGAGGAGUACGAACGCGCCACCAGAUACAACUACACCAGUGAGGAGAAGUUCGCUCUGGUAGAGGUGAUCGCCAUGAUAAAGGGGCUGCAGGUGCUGAUGGGCCGUAUGGAGAGUGUGUUUAAUCACGCCAUCCGCCACACCAUCUACGCCGCGCUGCAGGACUUCGCCCAGGUCACGCUGCGCGACCCGCUGCGCCAGGCCAUAAAGAAGAAGAAGAACGUCAUCCAGAGCGUCCUCCAGGCCAUCCGUAAGACCAUCUGUGACUGGGAGACCGGGCGAGAACCUCACAACGACCCGGCUCUGCGCGGAGAGAAGGAUCCCAAAGGGGGGUUUGAUAUCAAAGUGCCGCGCCGCGCCGUCGGCCCCUCAAGCACUCAGCUCUACAUGGUGAGGACGAUGCUGGAGUCUCUGGUAGCGGACAAGAGCGGGUCGAAGAAGACGCUGCGCAGCGGCCUGGAAGGACCGACCAUCCUGGACAUCGAGAAGUUCCACCGGGAGUCCUUCUUCUACACACACCUGCUGAACUUCAGCGAGACCCUGCAGCAGUGCUGUGAUCUGUCCCAGCUGUGGUUCCGUGAGUUCUUCCUGGAGCUCACCAUGGGUCGGCGUAUCCAGUUCCCCAUCGAGAUGUCCGUGCCCUGGAUCCUCACCGAUCACAUCCUGGACAUCAAAGAGGCUUCAAUGAUGGAGUAUGUGCUGUAUCCUCUGGAUCUGUACAACGACAGUGCACACUACGCUCUCACCAAGUUCAAGAAGCAGUUCCUGUAUGAUGAGAUCGAGGCUGAGGUGAAUCUCUGCUUCGACCAGUUUGUCUACAAGCUUGCUGAUCAGAUUUUUGCUUAUUACAAGGUUCUGGCAGGAAGUUUGCUUCUGGAUAAGAGACUCCGAGCAGAAUGUAAAAACCAGGGUGCCAAUAUUUCCUGGCCUCCUUCCAACCGCUACGAGACACUGCUGAAGCAGAGACAUGUCCAGCUCCUGGGUCGUUCCAUCGACCUGAACCGUCUCAUCACUCAGCGAGUCUCCGCCGCGCUCUACAAAUCCCUGGAGCUGGCCAUAAACCGCUUCGAGAGUGAGGACCUCACCUCCAUCGUGGAGCUGGAGGGUUUGAUGGAGAUUAACCGGAUGACCCACAAGCUCCUGAGUAAGUUCCUGACGCUGGACAGCAUGGACGCCAUGUUCCGCGAGGCUAACCACAACGUCUCCGCUCCGUACGGCCGGAUCACGCUGCACGUCUUCUGGGAGCUCAACUACGACUUCCUGCCCAACUACUGCUACAACGGCUCCACCAACAGGUUUGUUCGUACAGUGUUGCCGUUCUCCCAGGAGUUCCAGAGAGACAAACCGCCUAACGCUCAGCCACAGUACCUUUAUGGGUCAAAGCCCCUGAACUUGGCCUACAGCAGUAUCUACGGCUUCUACAGGAACUUCGUUGGUCCUCCUCACAUCAAGGCGAUGUGCAGACUGCUGGGGUACCAGGGCAUCGCCGUGGUGAUGGAGGAGCUGCUCAAGGUGGUCAAAAGCCUGCUCCAGGGCACCAUCCUGCAGUACGUCAGGACUCUGAUGGAGGUGAUGCCGAAGAUCUGCCGUCUGCCACGCCACGAGUACGGCUCUCCAGGGAUCCUGGAGUUCUUCCACCACCAGCUGAAGGACAUCGUGGAGUACGCCGAGCUGAAGACCGUGUGCUUCCAGAACCUGAGGGAGGUUGGCAACGCCGUGCUGUUCUGUCUGCUCAGUGAGCAGAGCCUGUCUCAGGAGGAAGUGUGUGACCUGCUGCACGCUGCACCCUUCCAAAACAUUCUGCCCCGGGUCCAUGUCAAAGAGGGCGAGCGGUUGGAUGCAAAGAUGAAACGGUUGGAGGCCAAAUACACGGCGCUGCACAUGGUGCCCUUGAUCGAACGUCUGGGGACGCCACAGCAAAUUGCCAUCGCACGCGAGGGCGACCUCCUGACCCGAGAGCGUCUGUGCUGCGGCCUCUCCAUGUUCGAGGUCAUCCUGGCGCGCAUCCGCGGCUUCCUGGACGACCCCAUAUGGCGCGGCCCGUUACCUAGCAACGGCGUGAUGCAUGUGGACGAGUGUGUGGAGUUCCACCGGCUGUGGAGCGCCAUGCAGUUCGUGUACUGUAUCCCUGUCGGAGCGCACGAGUUCACCGUGGAGCAGUGUUUCGGCGACGGGCUGAACUGGGCCGGCUGUAUGAUCAUCACCCUGCUGGGCCAACAGAGACGCUUCGACAUCAUGGACUUCAGUUACCACCUGCUUAAAGUGCAGAAGCACGACGGCAAGGACGAGAUCAUAAAGAGCGUGCCCUUAAAGAAAAUGGUGGACCGCAUUCGCAAGUACCAGAUUCUGAACGAUGAGAUCUUCGCCAUCCUGAACAAGUACCUGAAAUCCGGUGACGGCGAGAACAUGCCUGUGGAACACGUGCGAUGCUUCCAGCCGCCCAUCCACCAAUCGCUGGCUAGCAACUGAGAGCCGCGGCGUAGAUUAGACCCGUCGCUCGGUAUUAAUAUGGUGGAUAAAGAUCAGAUCUAAUUAGGUGGUCACUAGGACCAUUAACACACACUGCUUCACCUGUGUGGAAAUCCUGGAGGAAGAUUACAAAGGGUUUGUGGUGAAGAAGGGAAAACAAACACUGUGUCUACGUCCAGUCUGCGCCUUAUUCAGAAUUCCUUCUCUCUCUUUUUUAAGUAAAAAUAAUAAUAUGCUAAUCAUUUAUGUUUUAUACUUCCGGGAAAGUGGGUUUCAUCAAGAGCUUAUUUAAGUGUCGGGUUUAUAUUCUUAUUCUUCUUUCUGGUGGUGAUGUUACGACUGCAUGCAUUACUUUUAUUUCUUUCAUUUUUCUCUAGUAUACUGUACGAUUAAAAAGAAAAAUAACCAAGUGCCUAAACACGUGCCUUUUUUUGUAUUUGAGUUGGAAUUUGAUUUUAAUUCAAUAAAUAUAACAAUUUGUCAUUA